UUUUCUCAUGCUUGCUAUUCUACUCAUUACGUUUUUUAGAUCCUGAAAGUGAAAUUUGAGUUCAUGCUGUUUGCUGGCGUUAGCUUAUUGUAGUUGACUAGUUUUUUUCCCAGUUGUAAAAAAGUAUAAAAAGAUAAAAAAUUGUACCGUCAUCCCCCGAAAGAUUGCAAUACUUUAAAUGGCUGAUAGAAGAGGAUAUAGUCGGGAUGGGUCUAGAGACUCUCGCCCGAGUAGUUCGUUUACUCAAAAUUCUCACAGUCACAGAAGCUCAUAUGAGUCUAGCCACAACAGCAACAGGGGUAAUAAUGCAAGUAACUCUAGAGAUCAUUACCAUCAGUCUAGUAGUCAUACAAAUAAUGAUCAUAGCCAUCGUAGUGAGAACUCAACCAUCAUUCGGGUUUCAUACGAUAUUGUCAAUUGUCUGUCAGCCAAAAGUAAUGCCAAAGUUGGAGAAAUUCAGGAUAAAUCUGGAGCCAAAAUAAAGGUCCUUCAUGAAGAUGACAAUUGGGUUGAUGUUGGUGUUCAGUUAUCUGGUGAUCCAGAAAAAAUUAGAUUAGCUGAAAGAUUGAUCAAAGAACUGAGUAUUCCGAAUUCUGGCAACACUACACAUGCCUCGACCACAUUCCAACAAAGCAACCAAAGUGGUGGCAAUUCUUUAGCUGAAUGGGCAUCAAAGGAAACUGACUCAGGGAUGAAAAAACCCAAAUGGGAAAAUGAGAGACCAACAGAUUCAGACAGAUGGAAGCAAUCAUCUUCAUUUGAGCCAUCAAGACGUCAAAAUAAUUUUGAGUCAGAAAAUAGGCAAUCCCAGCCAUCUGGUAAUGCAUUGAUUGUUAAAGUGCCUUCUGCAUUAGUUGGAAGAAUCAUUGGCCGUGGUGGAUCCAAAAUUAAUGAAUUGCAGGAUCAAAGUGGGGCAAGAAUCAAAGUGCUCAAGGAUGACGAUAAUGGAACAGAGGCUAGCAUUCAAAUUUCUGGCGAUCCUGAAAAGCAAAAAGAAGCGGAACGUUUAAUAAAAGAGCUUGUUGACGACACUAGCUUUCCAAGUUCCAGAUAUCCGAGUAACGCUGCUCAACCUGCCGUCGUAGCUGAUGAAAUGGAUGCAGGAGUUGUGGAUUGGGGUGCCGUCAUCAGGGAUUCAAAAGAAGCCUCAAGACGUCGUUGGGCAAACAGUCCACAAAUUUUGAAGAACUUCUACAUAGAAGACCCUGAAGUGGCAGUGAUGUCUCGUGAAGAGGUCGACAAAUUUCGGUUGACCCACAACAACAUCACAAUAUCCCACUAUAAAGCAGAUGAUGAUCGGCCAAUCCCCAAUCCUGUGUUGACUUUCGCCCAAGCAUUUGCACACUAUCCCGAACUUUUAGAAGCAGUGCAAAACCAACAGUUUAAAGAUCCUUCUCCUAUUCAAUCUCAGGCAUGGCCCGUACUUCUCAAAGGUCACGAUCUUAUUGGUAUUGCUCAAACGGGCACAGGAAAAACGUUGGCGUUCCUCCUUCCAGCUAUGAUUCACAUCGAAGGACAGCCCAUCACACGCGCUGAGCGUAGUGGACCAAGUGUUCUUAUUAUGGCACCUACGCGUGAGCUCGCUCAACAGAUCGAACGAGAAGUAGCGAAAUUUCCUUGGAAAGGGAUCAAAUGCUUAUGCGUUUAUGGUGGCGGUGACAGACGUCAACAAAUUGGUGCUGUUGCUAAAGGUGUUGAAAUUGUUGUUGCAACUCCAGGCCGUCUCUACGAUCUGAUGCAAGCUGGUGCGCUCAAGACGAGCUCGGUGUCAUAUGUUGUAUUAGAUGAGGCUGAUCGGAUGCUUGAUUUGGGAUUUGAACCACAAAUCAAGAAAAUUCUCAUUGAUGUCCGACCUGACCGACAGAUCAUAAUGACCAGUGCAACGUGGCCUGAAGGUAUUCGUCGGAUCGCCAACGAGUACAUGGAUAAUCCUCUCCAGGUGUGCGUUGGAACUUUGGAUUUGGCUGCAUGCCACUCCGUUACUCAGCACGUCGAAAUAUUGGACGAGGAGGAAAAGCGCCCACGGCUCAUUGAUUUCAUUCGCGCUCUUGAUCCGAAUGACAAAGCCAUCGUCUUCGUCGGUCGUAAAUUAGUUGCUGACCAAGUGGCCAGUGAACUGAGUUUAAUCGGAAUCAGUUGCCAGUGCAUUCAUGGGGAUCGUGAGCAAAUCGAUCGUGAGCAGGCGUUAGCUGACCUGCGAAGUGGUGACGUAAAAUUGCUAAUUGCCACAGAUGUCGCUUCACGAGGCAUUGAUAUCAAAGAUAUUACGCACAUCCUCAACUAUGAUUUCCCUCGUCACGCGGAAGAAUACGUCCAUCGCAUCGGCAGAACCGGUCGAGCUGGAAGAACUGGCAUUGCAAUUUCAUUCAUGACCAGGGAAGAUUGGUCUAAGGCCAGUGAUCUUAUUGACAUAUUGAAGGAAGCUAAUCAGGAGAUACCUCCCGAGCUGAUUAAAAUGUCAGAAAGGUUCGGUGCCUGGAAAGUGCGCAAAGACGAGGAACGCCAGAGGAAUUUGGCCGACUGUGGUGGUGGUGGUGGAUUUCGUGGUCGAGGAGGAGGUGGCGGUGGCCGCGGUGGUCGUCGUGGAGACCGAGACGACGGAUUUGGAUUCGGAGGUGGUGGAGGUUUCGGAGGUGGUGGAGGUUCCAGAGGUGGUGGAGGUUCCAGACGAGGCGGAUUCGGUCGGGAUUUCAUGUGAUUCAUUGGAAUAUAAAACUAUUCUCUUGUUAGCAUUUUAAGUUUAUUAAAUGUUUGACACAGAAAUUUCCAAUUCAAUAUUAUUGUUGCAACUCAGCCAUUUGCUAAAGAAGCAGUGUCGUUACUCAAAGUCUCAUCCAAUUUUCUUUUUUGUUUUGCCCUUGAAGAAAGGGUUUGACGUGGUUUUGAGGAAUUAUUUUUCUGCAUUGGAGUUCUCCUUGUUGAUUUUUUUUGUUCAGUCACUGGUUGACUUGCUGCUCCAGUAUUCAAUAUCAUGUCUUCUAAUCAAGAGAAAUACACAGGUUUAAAUUUUCCA